AUUAAGGUGAGGAAUGAGGACAGCUACAGAUGGGCUCAUAAAUACACAGAAAGGCAGGUCUGGGUGUGCAUCGUGGGCUCCGGUGCUGAGACAACACCUCCUGCACACAUUGCUGGGCUUGGACUAAAGACCUACCUGCAGCAUGAAGGCAACUGGUGCCUUGGUGCUUCUCAGCUUGCUGCUGCUCUCUUUCUUCUCAGAUGUAUCAGGACAAGACAUUGAAGAGAUCUGUAAAGAAUUUGUAAACAGAAGUGUUUACUGCACGAGGGAGUCCAACCCUCACUGUGGCACGGACGGCGUCACAUACGGGAACAAGUGUGCCUUCUGCAAGGCUGUGCUGAAAAGUGAAGGCAAGAUCAGAUUGAAGCACAUGGGGAAAUGCUGAGU